AUGAGUGCAGACCUAAGUCGUGCUCCUUCAGCAAAUCCAAGUCGCGUUCAAUCCAAAGCACCAAGUGAUGAAGAUGAAGAGGAAGAGGAUGAUGCUCUAGAAGACGAUGAUGAAGAUCAAUCGAUAAACAAUUCACCCAGUAAAGCAGAUAAAAAGCUCGAACGUGAACGUGAGCGUGAAGUGCGAAGAGGUCAGAAAGCUCAAAGAGAUGCUGGUUUGUCCAAUACACGUGAAGAAGUCAACAAGACCAAAUUGGCAGACAGUAUCAAACGGUUCAGUUAUUUGCUCGGUCAGACGGAGCUGUUCCAACAUUUCAUAGACUUGAAGAAAGAAAAAGAUCCAGAAUUCAAGAAACUUUUGGAAGAAACACAAAAAGCUCAAAAGAAAGGAAAGAAGGGAGGUGGCGCAGGUGACACACGCAGAAGGAAGACGGAAAAGGAAGAAGAUGAGGAAAUGCUAGAAGAAGAUGGAAAUGACGAAGAGGCCUUCAUCUUUGAUGAAAGUCCCGCUUACGUAAAGGGUGGUAAGAUGCGUGAUUAUCAAGUGCAAGGUUUGAACUGGAUGAUUUCGCUAUAUCAAAAUGGUAUCAACGGUAUCUUGGCAGACGAAAUGGGUUUAGGAAAGACACUUCAAACAAUCGCAUUCUUGGGAUGGCUCAAAUUCUACCGAGACCGCCCUCGUUUCCACUUGGUCGUUGUGCCAAAAUCAACUUUGAACAAUUGGGCUCGCGAAUUUGAACAUUGGGUUCCUGGUUUCAAUGUAGCAGUCCUACAAGGAAGCAAAGAAGAUCGUAACGAAUUGAUCCAAUCCAAGCUGCUGACGCAAAAUUUCGACGUUUUGCUCACAACAUAUGAAAUGUGUUUGCGCGAAAAAGGUGCUCUAAAGAAGCUAUCGUGGGAGUACAUCAUUAUCGAUGAAGCACACCGAAUCAAGAACGUUGAUUCAAUGCUCAGUCAAAUUGUGCGCGCAUUCACCAGUCGUAGCCGUUUGUUGAUCACUGGAACACCUCUACAAAACAACUUGAUGGAAUUGUGGAGUUUGCUCAAUUUCCUCUUGCCAGAUGUAUUCUCUGACUCCGAGGCAUUCGAGUCUUGGUUCCGCGGUAAAGGAGAUGAAGCACAGGAUCAAGUCGUUCAACAAUUGCAUAAAGUUCUACGUCCCUUCUUAUUGCGACGUGUCAAGGCAGACGUUGAAAAGAGUCUUUUGCCCAAAAAGGAAAUCAAUGUCUUUGUCGGGUUGACAGAGAUGCAAAGGAAAUGGUACAAAUCCCUUUUGGAGAAGGACAUUGAUGCUGUCAAUGGUGUUGGAUCGAAGAAGGAAGGAAAGACACGUUUGCUCAAUAUCGUCAUGCAAUUGCGUAAAUGUUGCAACCAUCCUUACCUCUUUGAUGGUGCAGAACCUGGUCCACCUUUUACCACUGACGAACAUCUGGUUGACAAUGCCGGAAAGAUGGUCAUUUUGGACAAACUACUCAAAUCAAUGAAAGCCAAAGGAAGCAGAGUUUUGAUCUUCAGUCAAAUGAGUCGUAUGUUGGACAUCUUGGAAGAUUACUGUCUUUUCCGUGAAUACCAGUAUUGCCGUAUCGAUGGUAGCUCAGCCCACGAAGACCGUAUCUCUGCUAUUGAUGAAUACAACAAGCCUGGUAGUGAGAAAUUCGUAUUCUUGCUAACCACACGUGCUGGUGGAUUGGGUAUCAACUUGACUUCAGCUGAUAUCGUUGUGUUGUUUGAUAGCGACUGGAAUCCUCAAGCAGAUUUACAAGCUAUGGAUCGUGCACAUCGUAUCGGUCAAACAAAACAAGUGUACGUUUUCAGAUUUGUGACUGAACAUGCAAUCGAAGAACGUAUCUUGGAUCGAGCCGUUCAAAAGCUACGAUUGGAUCAACUGGUCAUCCAACAAGGUCGUGCCCAGCCUUCAAAGAAUCAACAAUCCAAAGAUGAUUUGGUGGACAUGAUUCAACAUGGUGCCGAAAAGAUUAUUUCUUCAAAGGACAACAUGUUGAUCGACGAUGAUAUUGACGCAAUUAUCAGUCGUGGUGAAGAGAGAACUCAAGCUCUGCAAGAGAAAUAUUCAUCGUUCAAUUUGGAUGAUUUGAACAAUUUCCGCAGUGAAUCUACAAUGGAAUGGGAAGGACAAGAUUUCCGUAAUCGAAACACUUCACGUGGUAUUUGGAUCGAGCCAAGUAAGCGUGAGAGAAAGGGCUUGGUGAGCUAUAGUGUUGAUAAUUAUUACCGAGAUGCGAUGGGCACAAAGAAAGCAGCCGCACCAAAAGCUCCCAAAGCACCAAAGCAAGUGGCUAUCAAUGAUUAUCAAUUCUUCCCUACCGAACUUGCAGAGUUGUACAAACGUGAAACGGCUGCUUAUCAAAAGAGUGUCGGAUACAAAGUACCACUCAAAGUUGGCGAUGAUGUUGACAAAGAUGAAGCUGAACGUGAACGUCAAGCAGAACAAGAUUUAAUUGAUAAUGCCGAACCGCUGACGGAAGAAGAGAAUGCAAGAAAGGAAGAAUUACAAUCAGAAGGUUUCCCUGAUUGGAACAAACGUGAUUUCCAAGCAUUCAUUCGUGGUUGCGAAAGAUACGGCAGAGAAGAGUAUUCUGCCAUUGCUGAAGAGAUGGGUGGUGUGAAGACUGAAGAGCAGGUUGAAGUAUAUGCUAACGUGUUCUGGGAACGGUAUGACGAAUUGAGCGAUUCGGACAAGAUUAUGCAAAGGAUCGAAGAAGGAGAAAAGAGAAGAGAAAAAGUCUCAAAAACCGAAAAUAUGCUCAAACGAAAGAUCAAUUCGUACAAAUUACCCCAACAGCAACUCAAGAUCAAUUACGGUACAGGUGCUGCAAAAGGUAAAGGAUGGAGCGAAGAUGAAGAUCGAUUCUUGUUGAUCAAAUUAGCACGUUAUGGCUUAUCAACAGAAGAUUGCUAUGAACGUAUUCGAGCCGAUGUUGGCAAAGAAGAUAUGUUUAGAUUCGAUUGGUUCAUCCGUAGUAGGACACCGGUUGAGAUCGGAAGACGUUGUACAACUCUUUUGACUCUUAUUCAAAGAGAAGAAGAAGCUGAAGCGCCUGCAGCUGCAAAGGCAAACGGAGCAAAAGGCGACGCUCACACACACAUAUGUGGUUUGAAUGAAUUCGAUCGAUUGACGAAACAUGAGAGAUAA